AUGGACGUCGUUGACGGUCAAAUUAUUGAUACACUAUGUCGUCUUGAUCCGAACUUUUUUGAUAGUCUACAAGAGAUUCCAAGCAGUAUUACAGAGCUUCGCACAGAUAUCUUUUAUCAAGCUAUCGUAAUGCUGGUAUGGUCAUGCAGACCAACUACAAGGAAAGAAAUCCCUUCAAGAUUUCUUCCCCAAAAUAUGUCUACGAAAUUUCGAUGUGUUACAACUGUUGUCGAUGCAGUGAAGAGCAUUGGUGUACGUGAUCCAAUAGAUUAUCAUAUGUUGCUAUAUGGACGAAGCAGAGAGUUGCGUAAUAUUCUUAUUGGUCUCAUGGAAAAAUUGCCCAAAGAGUCUUCCGUGGCUAUAUCGACAAGGGUCGAUUUCGUAGGUUUCUCUGGUGAUGUUAUGGUAGCUUUACAUUGUAAUGAUUGGCGAUACCGUCAUUAUGCAGUUAUUUGUUCCUUGUUGGAAAACAAUGCCGUACACAAAAUUAAGACACAAAACUAUCAAUUACUUAGACAUGGAGUUUUAGAAAAUUUGCACCUUAGAUUUAUUAACGAGGGAGUGAAACUACAAUUGAAACCUAAACCAGUUAUUUCUCUAAAACUACAAAAGGAAAAAACAAAGGAUAAACAAGAAAUUGAUCCAGAAGUGGAUGUAGAAAAAAAUGAAGUCCUUAACGAACUGCUUAGUAAAGUUGUGGCUUUGACAGCAUAUGUAGAUCGUAAGAAGAUUUCCAACAGCAGAAUGCAAAACGAUGAGAGUGAACGAUUAUUAAUUUUACGAAACAAAAAGUUUCAAGAGGCUGAAGUUGAUGGACGACUGAAAAAAUUAUUAGAGAAUCCAAAUGCUGUUUUGAAGCUUGAGAGUUAUAUUGAUGGAAGUAAUGAACGGAUGCAGCAUCUUCAAAAUUUAUGGUUGAAAGCCAAGGCAGAAAAGGAUGAAGAAGUGAAGAGUGCACAGCUAACUGUUGCAUUAUCAUUAUCAUCGGAUUUCACCGUUCCGUGCUACAGUCGAGAAAUUUCAUCCAAUGAUGCGAAAUUAAUUGAGAAUGAACUUGUUGAUAAAAAGAAAAUUCUAGAAAAAUUGAAAAAAGAGGUCGAGUCACGAGAAAAGAAACAGAUUAAUCGAAAUAUUUAUACGAAACACAUAUUUGAUGUUGUUGGCAACAUUAGGAAGCAGCAAAACGAAAUUAACAAAAUUGCUGCAGAAAAUCUCUAUCUUCAGAGGGAAAUCAAGUCGAAUGCGGGAAAACUGGAACGUUCUUUCACCGUAGUUGAAGGAAAACUGUACAGAGACGUUGAGAAAGAUACAUUUAUGCAAAAAGCAUACAGGCUACUGAUGAAAAUUCAUAGUGAAUGUUCUUGUGUUAUCACUGGCAUUGAUUCUGCUGGACAAAUUGAACGAGAAAUUGAAGAACUAAACGACCAGAUUGCUACGCAGUAUCAAAAGAACAUAAAUGAAAAACUUGAGUGUAUUGUUAACGACUGGAUGCAAAUAAGGAAAGAAAAUAUGGCUUUGAAGGAAUUAUUAAAAGAAUGUGAUAAUUAA